CUGCCUUCUGAGAGUACUAAACAAGCUGCUGCACACCACCCUCAGUCAGAAACCCCCCAGGGCCUCCUAGCCUUCCUCAAAACUCCAGCCAGGUGGAAAGAAAGCCGGGGCAAUUGCUGGGAGAAUGGCAGUGCCUUGGGAGAAAUAUUUCCGAAAGGCCUUGCAAGAGAAACUGCCUAACUCCUACAGGAAGAUCCCAGAGCAAAAUGCAGACCACUUCCCACCAGUGCUGCGACUCCUGGAGAAGAGGCAGGAGCUGGCAGAUGCGGACCGGGACCUGAGGGCCCAGAAGGAGGUGUUCCAGGCCACAAUGGCAGCCCUAAAACAGCGCCGGGAACAGCUGGAAAAGAAGGAGCAGGAGCUAAAGGGGUCCUUUGUCCGCUUUGACAAGUUUUUGCAGGACGCCGAGGCCCGGCGUAGCUGCGCGCUGCGGAGGGCGGCAGAGGCGCGGCACCGCGCAGGCCGCCAGGAGGCCGAGGCGCUGCGGCUGCGAGCGCAGCUGGAGGAGCUGCAGCGGGAGCGCGCCCGGCUGCAGCGUCAGCUGCAGCGCCUGGAGCCCUGCGCUCGCCUGCUUCGGCGAGUGCUGGAGCAGCUGCCCCAGUUCCAGGAGGUCCCCGAGCUGGUGGCGCGCUUCGAUGCCCUGGCCGACACGCAGGCGGCGCUGAGGCUCACGGAGCGCGAGCGGCUCCGGGAGCUGGAGGAGGCGCGGGCCCGGCUGCAGCGGCUGCGGGACACCUGGCAGGACGAGCUCCUCAGGCAGGGUCAGCGGCGAGCGCAAUUGCUGGACCGACUGGAGGCGGCGCGGGAGCGCACGCUGCACUGGGAAUCCAAGUGGGUUCAGAUCCAGAACACAGCGGCUCAGAAGACCCUGCUCCUGGGCCGCACCAGGAUGGCAGCGCUCAACCUGUUCCAGCUAGUGUGCCAGCAUCAGAGGCAGCCACCUGCCCUGGACAUCGAGGACACCGAAGGGCAGUUGGAGGAGGUGAAGCGCUUCAUCCUGGACCUGUCUGCCAUGCUGGCCAGCCUUCCUCAGGCCCAGCCUGCUGCUCCGGCCCCCUAGCCUGACCCAGGUGAGCAGCGGGGGAGGGGGCUCCCUCGAGGGACCAAGGACCUCUCCUCCUGGAGAGCAGGUCCACAGUUCCUGCGGGGUGCGGGCUGACUGCUUCUCACCUGACGACGGGAGGGCUGUGCCCACUCAGACUGCCGUGGGGGUGACGUGAGGGGCGCACAGCGAGCACUCAGUAGGCGUGGGCUAUGUGGGGGAACCAACCCUAAACCAGGUCCUCCAGGGCGGGUGGGGCAUUAAACAAGCUGAUAUUUGUCAGGUGCUUGCAAUGGGGCCUGGUGCAAAUUCUGUGAACUUCUAGAUGAGUGUUUGGUAGGUCAAGAAAAAUCAAAAGGACCACCAAGAGGGUCUGAGGGGCAGACACCCAUUCACAGGGCUCCUGCUCACAAAAGCUCCUCCAUCGUGGACUGGCCCUGGGUGACCACAGGCCCGAGAGUGCAGCUGCCGGAGGCCGCCCUUGACCUGCCCAGGACCCAACAGGGGCUGAGGAGCACAGGGCUUGGAGCAGGACAAGAUGACCUCUGGGUGUGUGGUGGGGCAGUGUUAACCCCUUCACAGCCAGAGAGGAGCAGCUGUGCCCUCUACCCCUGGACUCUGCGUCCCAUCUCCUUCCCACAGUCCACUCCCAGCUCCAAGGCUGGCCUAGCAGGAAGAAGGGGACUGACUGCCACCCUCGGGGCUCUCCCACCUCGGGCAACUGACCUGUCCUCUGAGCCUCUUUUUGCUCAUCUGCAAAAUGGGGACGCCAACAGGACCCACCCG